GUCUCGAUGAAACAAAGAUAUUGGAUUCGCCCGAAGCUUACGGAUAGCCAUCCGCCUAUCACAAUGGGUUCAAUCAGAUCACACAUCUUACAUUGCAGGCACCUUUGGAUUGGCAAACCGUCCUUAGAGCCGCAUUAGCAUGCUACGAAACCAUUUCCGGACUGCUCCCCCAUGAGCUUGGGUCGCAGAUCUCCCCGUCACAUAGUCGUCCAGGCCAACCGGCUGACCUCUGCGGCCAGCAUUACCGCAAGACUGUUCGACCGGCGUCAUCGUCUCAUGGUCCGAGUCCAGCUGCAAUCCCUGCACUCGUUUAUAAAUCGUCGGCAAGACCUCGAUCUCGUGUUCUCCUGCCACGAUCACCCUUCCACUCAACUUCCACCAAAACCACAUUCGCUCCAUCAUAUCACCAUGCACGCCUCCUCAGCCCUCACACUCCUCUGCACGGUGAGCGUCGCCGUCGCCGCCGUGACCCCCAAAUAUGGCGCCGGAGGCAAGCCGCCCAAAGGCUGGAACGCCAACGUCGAGAACUUCUGCUCCUCCGGGCAGACGCUGAUGUGCUGCGGUCAAGUGACUGGAGGUGUUGCUGGAUUGCCAGCCGCUCUCUGCUCGGACGCCGUCUACGCCAGGGCCGGCACCCAGCAGAACUUGCAGUACGGCUUCUGCCCCAUGAAGAAAACGCCUCUAUGCUGUGGCGUUGUGGUCAACUCGAGCACGGGAACCGGCUGCGGGCCUGCUACUCAGGUCAAGAAACCGGCCAGCAAAACGUCAUCCUCCCGCAAACAUAAGUCGACGUCUUAGGGAAAUAUGGGGUAGGCAGGUUGGCACGGAGCUGGAACUGCUCCAGACGUGUCCGGGGAUGAGCGCAAGAAGUAUACGGAUACCGUAGGGCUGAGAGUCAAGACUUUGGACGAUGGCAAUGUCG